CACACCCGAACCACACACAUGCGCUUGCCCGCCAACUUCAUCCCAUCCCAUCCCAUCACGGGCGUCAAUCACACAUUCGACUAGCUACUUCGUCAUGGACAAAGACGAGGCGCAGGCGUACCUCCAGUCCCUGCUGAACAAGAACCUCCGCAUCACCACCACAGACGGCCGCCUCUUCUGGGGCUCCUUCAAGUGCACCGACCCGGACAGCAACGUCGUGCUGGCUCACACGUACGAGUACCGCCAGCCCUCGGACGAGCGGGUGCGUCGGCACCUGGCGGAGGAGCAAGAGGCGGCGGCGGCCGAGGGCAGCACGACCGUCGCUCUCGACAUGACGUCGCGCUAUCUCGGCCUUAUUGUCGUGCCGGGGCAUCACAUUGUCAAGAUGGAGCUGGAGCAGUUUGCGAGCCAGAUGGCGCAAUGAUAGAGACAGAGACAGAGAGAGACACAGAGAGAGAGAGAGAGAGAGAGAGACAG